GGAUCCCAGCUGAGGCUGCUUUUCCUCGCCAUGGCGCUUCUCUCUGGCCUCUUCCUUGGCGGCCGUCUCCGCGCCGCCGUCGCUCGCUGUGGGUUCGCGACCCAGUGGGUUGCGGGUCCAGGCCCUGUGGGCCGUGAGCCGGACCCCGAUUCCGACUGGGAGCCGGAGGAGCGGGAGCUGCAGGAGGUGGAGAGCGCCCUGAAACGACGGAAAAAAGCCAUCCGAUUCCACAAAAUUCGGAGGCAAGUGGAGGCGCCAGGUGCCCCGCCCAGAACCUUGACGUGGGAAGCCAUGGAACAGAUCCGGUAUUUACAUAAAGAAUUUGGGGAAUCCUGGUCAGUUUCCAGAUUGGCAGAAGGUUUUGAUGUCAGCACUGAUGUUAUUCAAAGGGUUUUAAAAAGUAAAUUUGUACCCACUUUGGAGCAGAAACUGAAGCAGGAUCAGAAGGUCCUUAAAAAAGCUGGUCUUGCCCCAGUGGUCCAGCAGCUCCAGGGCUCUGGAAAUGCCUUAAAGCCACCCAGGGCAGGCCACUCUGUAUCUGGCCCUUUGCUGAUACCAGGGGACGAAGCCUCAUCUAAAACUAAGAGUCCCAGCGCAGUUUUGAAAGUGACAGAGUCGAACCCUCACAGUACAAAUAUAGGGAAGAGACAGGAGGGGAGAAGUAAAGGAAUCCAAAGCCUGCAGGACAGCUUGGCGCCCAUCUCUGAAGCCUUGGUUCAUCAGAGAGAACCGCAGAAGUACCACACCAGUGAUUGUAAGGACACCAGAAGAUUGCCAAGUGAUGAGAAGCUGGAAGAGUUGAAGGCAGGAGAGCCAACUGAGCAGAACUUCAGCAGCAAAGUAGUACAGAGAGGACGAGAGUUCUUUGACAGCAAUGGAAACUUCCUGUACAGAAUUUGAGCCUGAACUUGGCUUGAGGAGAUGGCCUGUGAAACAGUUGGGCAAGUAUGCUUGAAGCUGCCAAGAUUUCUGCAUAAGGAUUAGCCACGUUGGAAUAGGAGGAUGUGCUCUGCCUGGAAUAGGAACAGAAGAGCUACUUGGAUAGACUGGCGAUUCCUGGAGUGGUGUGCCACAUUGGAGCCCAGUGGCUCUUCAUUCCCUUGUUACUUGGGCUCUCUUAUGGAAAAUCAGUGUUCUGUUUGUUGAGUUUCUGUGAUACUCGGGCUUCUGUGGGAGGAAAGUGGAAGUUUGCCUUUUGAUCUCAUUUGCUUCUUGCUCACUGAACACUAACUGUUCUUGAAGUGUUUUAGUCAGUUGGUUUUCUUUACAUGAAACAAUAAAGUAAAAUGUACUAGUC